UUCUUCAAACAAACACACGGGGAAGUUACAGGAAAAAACAGCACAGACGAGAUCAGAUGACUUCUGCUCUACCAAAGAAAAAUCUCACGAGUCUUGUAAAACUAACAAGGAGAAAAAGAAGCUCAGGAGAAAUUCUUACUGGACAGGGGUGUGUGUGAGUGUGUGUAUUCACUGGACAGGUGUGUGUGAGAGAGCGUGUGUAUUCACUGGACAGGUGUGUGUGUGAGAGAGCGUGUGUAUUCACUGGACAGGUGUGUGUGUGAGAGAGCAUGUGUAUUCACUGGACGUGUGUGUGUGAGAGAGCGUGCGUAUUCACAGGACAGGUGUGUGUGUGUGUGUGUGAGAGCGUGUAUUCAUUCGACAGGUGUGUGUGUGAGAGAGCGUGUGUAUUCACUGGACGUGUGUGUGUGAGAGCGUGUGUAUUCACUGGACAGGUGUGUGUGUGAGAGAGCGUGAGUAUUCACUGGACAGUUGUGUGUGUGAGAGAGCGUGUGUAUUCACUGGACAGGUGUGUGUAUGUGUGUGAGAGAGAGGAUGGGCUUUCUGGAUCAUCAGACGGAGGCUUUGAAACUUUUACUCGAAGUUUAUGCAAACAGGAUGGCUAGAAAUAACACUGACACAAGCAAAAUGACCGUGACUUUAGCUGAAAGAGCCAGGGAAAGUUUAUUGGCUCGUUUGGUGAACAUUUUAUCACAGAUCAUAUCCAUAGAGCAGGAUUUAAUUAGGAAUCUCUCUGAAGAAGUGAAGAAUUUUCUCCGGCACAAGGACAGUGUGGACUUGAAGAACAUCUGCUUGAGGAUGAGUCUCAGAGAAAGCGGCCAAGAGUUCGACAGAAACCUGAAGGAGCUCCGGCUCUGUCUGCAGCUCAUAGUCAACAACUUACUCUCAGUGGUGCGCGACGAGAAUAAUUUAUCGUCCACAGGAGCCACUCAGGAACUAAUGGGCAUAUCCAUCACACUGCCUGACAUCUGAACUGCUGUGUUAUCUGGAGAGGUGCCUGCUUUCCACGCUGAACUAACUGACUAAAGGAUUUUUUGGUCUUUUUAGCUUUUAAACGAGGCUGAGCUGAAACGCACCCGGAGCUCCAGCAGGAUUUUGGGCUUGGCUGAAGAACUGGAAUGACUCCAAACUACCUCAGAAGGUUAAUGAAUACAAAUGAGAUCUUUUAUUUUAUUUUAUUUUAUUUUAUUUGUGAAGGUACUAAAUCCCGGAGUAUGUGACGUCUGAUCUGUACGUUUCCACUAUAAUGUCAGUGCCAAUAUUUAGAUGCAUUUCCAUUGUAUUAACCUGGGUUUUUUUUAACCCAUAGAUCUAUGUAUUACAAUCAUUUGGCUGAUGCUUUUAUCAAGAUCAAUAGAGAUUUAAGACAGAAUUACAACUAAACUCGUGAAUGUUAACUGCAGCUUGCAGUUGUGUUAAUUUUUGAAUUCACAGCCUUUUAUUUUGUUCCCAAAGCUUUAGGCGACUAUGUUAAACAUUUAAUAUAACAAUUGGGUUCUCAGAACAAACAAAAAAGUACUUUUUGGCAUAAUAAAAUUUUCAGAGUAAAGUUUUAAACGUUUAAUUCAUUUGUGUACGCCUAUUUUUUAUUUUUUUUGCAAACAUGAAACUUGUAUUGUCAGUGUUAUUUUCAAUGAAGGUGUAUCUUCAUUGUAAUUACCUGAAUCGUUUCAUGCAUCCACGCCUAUUUAUUAAAGGAGACUUCUGUAACAGUU